CAGGUGUUCCAAUCCCCUCCAUAUCAUGUGAUUCAGGUGUUCCAAUCCCUUCCAUAUCAUGUGAUUCAGGUGUUCCAAUCCUCUCCAUAUCAUGUGAUUCAGGUGUUCCAAUCCCCUCACAAUCAUGUGAUUCAGGUGUUCCCAUCCCCUCACAAUCAUGUGAUUCAGGUGUUCCAAUCCCCUCCCAAUCAUGUGAUUCAGGUGUUCCAAUCCCCUCCCAUAUCAUGUGAUUCAGGUGUUCCAAUCCCCUCCCAAUCAUAGUCAAUAGCUAAAGACCUCCAAACUUGGUGUGGCCUUCAGAUGAGCCCAACAACAGUGCGUAGAGAGCUUCAUGGAAUGGGUUUCCAUGGC